AUGCCUGUUCUCAACAGUUCCUUGGAGAGAAAUCUAGACGUAAACUUAAAGGAUUUCUUUAACAACAUCAGUUUAAAGAAUAAUUAUGGAGCAAUGGCGGCGACAGCAACUGUAAUAUUUGCCAGCAUUUACAUCGGAUGGGCUUAUGCAAAACGUUCGUGUAAGAGAAAAAUGAAGGUUCAUGGUGUGUUUACAAGAUCUAUGUCUGUAGGAGCUCUCCAUGGAGGGAAACUGGCCUUGGAGAGAAUGAUUGAUUAUAAUCGUGCUCGAGCAGAUGCAGCAUCACUUGAAGCAGCUGAAAUUCAGUUAAAGGAUUUACUGACAGAAGAACCUCCUGAUUUCAAACAGCUUCAGAGCAAUGUUGCGAAGCUGGAAAUGAGUGGACAAGAAGCGGUUGCGGUGGGAAUACUGGAAACAGAACUGAAAAGGGCUCAAAAGGAAGGGAAAUCACAUGAAGCUUAUGAGAUUGAAAUGCUUCUUGUAGAAAUGUGCAUCUACAAGGGAGAUUUUGAGAAGGCUUUAGCCUGUGAAUGCCUGAAUCAUGAAGAAAUUUCUGACGCAAGACGUCCUCUAUAUAAGGCUGUCAUUCAUAUAAUGUUAGAACACCCAAGGGAAGAAGCCUUGAAAUGUUGGGAAGAAUUCAAAGACAUUCGAAUUCGCUUCCAGUCUCCACCAAGUUCGCAACAAAGCCAGCUCAACAAAGUCGUUACCAAUUUCAAUGAGUUUGAGAAAGUAGUCAUGUUGCUUAGAAACGACAUCAACGAGGCACACGGGAAGCACAUUUAG